GACCUUUACUUUUAUGACCCAAGAAAUAUCCAAUUCCAAAUCAAUCCCUUCUGCCAAAACCACUCCUCUGUCUAUUUGAUCCAAUCACAACAAGCUAGAGCUACAGAACCAAUCAAGCUCGACAAAGAGAAGUUUGAAUUUCACAAAAGAGUUAGCUCGGUUCAUUGUUUGACUUCAAGCAGUUGCUCAAUAGCUCCGACGGCUAAAUCGCACCGUAGCACUUCACUGUAAUACUCUCCGAUCUAAAAUAUUGGUUAUUAAUCUAGGAUGGCCUUGGUCACAACAGCUGAAGUGUGUGAUACAAACCCACAGCUUAUAGUGAGUGGUGAGCUCCGGGCACUCCAUCCAGUUUUCCAGAUUUAUGGUAGGAGGCAAGUGUUCUCCGGCCCAGUUGUUACCCUCAAAGUGUUUGAAGAUAAUGUUUUGGUGCGAGAGUUUCUUGAGGAGAAGGGCAAUGGAAGGGUUCUUGUUGUUGAUGGAGGUGGUAGUUUGAGAUGCGCGAUACUGGGUGGUAACCCAGUUGUACAAGCUCAGAAUAAUGGAUGGGCUGGUAUAAUAGUCAAUGGUUGCAUUAGGGAUGCAGAUGAAAUUAAUGGUUGUGACAUCGGGGUGAGAGCUCUGGCCUCACACCCGAUGAAAGCUAAUAAGAAAGGGGUCGGAGAAAAGCAUGUUCCUGUAAACAUUGCUGGGACCAGAAUCUGUGAUGGAGAGUGGAUGUAUGUGGACACUGAUGGUAUUUUGGUCUCUAAAACAGAGCUGUCGGUUUGAUAACGUCUCUCUUCUGCUCGACUGACAGGAGAGGUUUUGUGAUAUGUAUUGUUUGAUAGUACUGUUUAUGAUUCUACUCUCUUCUCUUCAGUUCAUGAGGAACUUAUAAUUAUUGUCUGUACUGUAAUAUUUAUGCUUGUGUUUUGAACUUGCCAUUCUAGUAUCCAUUUAAGUUGUAUGCUAUUCACUUUAUAUCUGUA